AACAUGGGUUUUUAGACCCGGUGAUUCACAACCUUUUAAACCAAACUCAAUUAGGGUUUUAGGCUGUGUGUUGUUUGCUCAUAGAGUCAUGGCCGAAGAGACAGCACCAGAGCUCGCCGAAGCCAACGUGGCCGCCCAAGACAUGGACCUCGAGGCCGUGGGACCCGAACGGGAUCCCAAGGAUGGUGACGACAAAGAGGUCGACUCGGCGGCGCCGAACGGCGACGCGGACUCGAAGCGAGCGAGAGAGGAAGGGGCUGAAGAAGAGGAAGAGGAAGGAGGAGAAGACGACGCUUCUUCGAGGAAGAAGCAGAGGGUGGAGACGUCCGUGGAAGAAGAGCGGUUGGAGAAGCUCGGGGGAGGAGAGGAGGAUGCGGGUCGGGUCUACUUGGGUCCGAAAGAGUUCGGGUCGUCGGUGGAGAUGUUCGAUUACUUCUACAAGUUUCUCCAUUACUGGCCUCCAAACCUCAAUGUCAACAAGUAUGAGCACAUGGUGUUGAUGGACUUGCUUAAGAAGGGUCAUCAAGAGCCAGAUAAAAAGAUCGGGGGAGGGAUUGAUGCUUUUCAAGUGCGAUACCAUCCUUUGUGGAAAAGUAGGUGCUUCUUCCUCAUUAGGGUUGAUGAAUCUGUUGACGAUUUUAGCUUCAGGAAGUGUGUCGAUCAUAUACUUCCCCUGCCAGAAGACAUGAAGAUAAAAUCCGAUGUCAAUAAGGCGUCAGGUGGCAGAGGUGGUAAGGGUCAUGGUGGAAGAGGUGGUGGGCAUGGUGGAAGAGGUGGGGGGCGUGGCCGUGGAAGAGGGGGUAAGCCAAGGUACUGAGGUAUCAUGUUUAAUUUACAAGAGUUGGGUUUCAUGGCGGGAAGAGUUUGUAGAAGAAACAUCUAAUUUCUUCAGUUUUAUCUUUAUAGUACUGUUUACUCUAUUCUAGUUGAUAUUGAUAUUUAAAGUGAGUUUUUUUUUUAAUUAUAUAUUUGGUUUUUACUCUAGAUGCUGAAAGGGUGUUUUAUGGAGUUUUAAGAUUGCAAGAUACGUACAUAUGCUGCAUAGCUCUUGCUUUGCAAGUUGCAACAAUGCUGUGGAUUUUCUGGUCCCUGGAUAUUCACUUUCUAUGCUAUGGAUGCCGGAUGGUGGUAUAAACUAUAAA